AUGCCAUCUAAUUUGGCUAGACCGGAGAAAAGGCAGAGCCAAGGGAAUGAUGCUACGACAUCCAAUAAAAAGAAGUUUAAAAGUGGAAGAAAGGAACUUCGAGAAGUUCACAAAGGGAGAAAUAGUCAGAUACAACUUAAAGAAAAUCCACAAGAAGUAGACCAAAAACCUGAAGCGGAUGAGGAAGAAGUAGAAGAAGAUGUUUCCACUGAAACCCCAGAGAUUGGGGCAUAUAGUGCUCUUGUCACCCUUCUCAAAAGCGACCACCCAGAGAUUGUGAAGAAGAAAUCAAAAAAGAAGGUGGUAGCUAGAGAGAACGAGGCUGAGAACGAAGAGAUCCCUAUUUACGAAGCGGAAGAAGAGGAAGAGGAUAAUGGGGAAGAAGAAAAUGAAGAACUAGCGGACGAUGACAAGGAACAGGAUAAUGAGGAUGUGCAUAAUAGAUUUGAUGCAUUCAACAGACAUUUUAAUGAUGAGGACAAGAUAGAGAAGGAAAUCGACGCUUACUUGAGAAGCCAGCCCAAGAUCAAAUUGGCCGAAAGACAACAACUAGGGAAAGCUAUUAAACUUGAUUACAGAUAUAUUGAGUCAGAUGGAAGUGCUCCAAAAAACAUUCGGAAAAAACUCAAGUACCAUAACGUCAAGCAAAAACUUCAGAACGAGUUUUUGAACAGAGAACCGACAGAUUUGGAGACCGAACUCUUAGAGUCAUUGUUGAAUUACCAGAAUGUCAACUUUCAGCUAUUAGGCAUGCCAGAAGGUGUGAGCACCAAAUAUCAAGAAUACUACCUACUCCAUUGUUUGAACCAUGUAUACAAGACGAGAGAUAGAGUUUUGAACAACAAUGAGAAAAAAGCUCAGGUACAAAGACAUAUUGAAGAAGGAAAACUAAACCCUGCACACGAACCCGAAUUUAGGGAUCAAGGAUACACGCGUCCUAAAGUCCUGAUCCUUCUUCCCACGCGAAACUUUGCUUGGGAGGUUGUGAACAAGUUAAUUGAGCUUAGUUCUCCAGAUACUGUGGAAUAUAAAACCAGGUUCAAGGAACAAUACUAUGAUGCUUUUGAUGUCAAUGAUCUUAAUCCAAAAAAGCCUGUGGAGUUUAAGCAGUUUUUCAAAGGAAAUUCCAAUGACUUCUUUUGUCUGGGGAUAAAGUUUACAAGGAAGACGCUUAAGCUGUUUUCCAAAUUUGAUCAGUCCGACAUGAUCGUUGCUUCUCCAUUAGGGUUGAGAAUGACAUUGGAAAAGACCAAAAAACCGUUUUUGAGUUCCAUAGAGAUUACUGUGCUGGAUAAAGCUGAAGGUCUGCAUAUGCAGAACUGGGACCAUGUGAACACAGUCAUGUCUCAAAGUCUAAACGCUCCACCAAAGAAUUUUGACGACCUGAAAAUUGAUUUUAGUCGUAUCAGGAUGUGGGCAAUCAAUGAUCACUACAGGUAUGUUUCACAGGUGAUAGGCUUUACAAAGUACUCCUUCCCAGAGCUCAACAAUGUAACGUUGAGUAAUCCUAAAAUAUCGGCAAACCUGCUGGGGGGAACAGCGGUUUUUAAAACUAUCUGUGGUGACAACGACAGUGAACUAGCCAACUUGAAAUACCAGCUAACAAAAAUGAGGAUCAUCAAUAGCCAGACAAGGCUGAAACAGGUGUUUAUGAGGUUUGAAGCAGAUUCACUAUUAGAUGAACCAGAUAAAAGAUUUGCGUUUUUCAAAAAUGUGUUACUUCCACAGAUCCAACACAAGGUAUCAUAUGAAAGCGGCACUUUGAUAUAUUUUGCAUCAUACAUUGACUACAUUCGUGUGAAACACUACCUGGAAAAGGAAACAAGUGUUGCCUUUGUUGCCAUAGACGAGUAUUCGUCCCAAUCUCUUUUGACUCGAAAUCGUGCCCUAUUCAUGAAGGGUCAAAGCGAUGCCAAAAUAAUGUUGUACACUGAGAGAUUGCAUUUCUACAAACGUUACGAUAUCAAAGGUGUGCGUAAUGUGGUGUUCUAUGGUAUUCCUACAGAUCCAAGUUUCUACUCCGAAGUGCUGAAGUUCAUUGUCGAUAAUAAAAUACGCCUCGACAUGGCCAGCAGCAAAUCAGAAUAUUCUGGCGACGUACUGGACUUAAAUCUGUGCAUGGUGAGAGCUAUGUUCAGCAAGUUGGAUAUGAUGAAAUUGGAGAGAAUCGUUGGAUCAAAGAACUCUCGGGUUCUUGCUCUAGGAGACAACGAAAUGAACGAAUUCCAAUGA